UCAAUCUGCAAUUUUUGCCGAAUAUCAAAACCCAACACAUACAAAAUAAAUAACAAUCAAAACUAGUCCCCCUUUCUCUGCUUCUCUCCAUACACCGUUGAUCGGUUUGGUAAUGAAUUUAGUUCCUUUAUUCCAAGCCAUGAUUCGCUAACAUCAACAUAAAGUUGGCGAACCAAAACACACCACCGAUCUGUGUUAUUUAAGAUAUGGAGGUUCAGAGAAUGAGACAUUUGAUGUUAUUGUGGUCUAGAACGCAAACCACUCGUGUUGCCCUCGUGGGUGGGAAUCACACCGCCGCAAGGUUUUGCACUCGCUAGGCUUCUUUUCCCUUAUUAUCUCCUCCUUCCCUCUCUUCUCUCUGACUAUAAAGUCCAAUUUCUUAUCCCUCUCUUUCAAUCUUCUUCAUCGCCCCGAUCACCUUAUGUACAAUGGCCGUCCAAGUUGUUCAGAGUUUUCAAACCAAACCCAACAAAAAAUUCAAGCACUUGAACGGUGGUGAUGAUCUUGAUCUUUAUUUGUAUCCAGAAGCUCGGUAUUUGAUUGUGAGGCUUCCGAAUUCUAGAGUUUCGAAGCUUCUUGCUCGUUCUAUGUUUCUAGCAUUGUUUAUUGUUACUUUCCACUGGAUUUUACCGUCAAAUAUUCCUCCUGGUCUUGUCUCCGCAGCGGCCGAGAGUGAGAGCGCUCAAGUCGGUACUAAUGUCGUCGACGCCAUUAACAUGGAAAUUUUGUCUUUGUUCUUCCGUGAUUUGAAAAACGAAGGAAUAUUCAAAGCUGGAAAAAAUGCUGCGUUUAUGAGCAGUAGAAUCGACCAAACCAUUUUCAGCUUAAAUAUCAUAAACGACAAUAAGAUUAAGAUUAUAUCUUCUCAGGAUUCCAACAGACAGAACUCCAUCCCAAACGAUACCUUCGACUUCGUCUUUGUUUCCAUGUUCGCAGGAAACUCAGAAUUCAUAGAUCGAACGCUUAAAGUUGGCGGCAUUGUAGCGCUUCAUCUCAGCAAAAACCCUUCAACCUGGUUCCAAAAACCCUCCAAUUACAAAAUCGUCUACUUCAGACGAUUCGACUCCACUGUCAUGGCCAUGAGGAAAACCAGCCACGCGGAGAAUGGUUCAGCAACGCAGAGGCGACUCUGCGAGUAUGCUAAGGAGGCUAAGAAGGCAGCACUCAACAAACUAGAAGAUGUUCUGCUGGAACCACCUCGAGCCGCAUCGGGAAAGUCCAGGAGAUAUUUGAAGAAAACAAGGUACCUCCCGGAUUUGAUGGGCGAUUCAUUGGAAAGCUACCCUCGCCGGGUGUUCAUUGACGUGGGUUUGCCGGAAAAUGAUGGCGGCAGUGACUCGGGAUGGUUUGCGAAGAAUUAUCCAACAAGGAAUAAGGACUUUGAGAUAUACAAGAUCGAGUCGGUGACGGAGGAAUCUUCGGGGAAGGAAGCAGCGCAAAUCGGGAUGUCGGAGUGGUUGCAAAGGAACGUAAAGGAAGAAGAGUACGUGGUGAUGAAGUCGGAUGCAGAAGUUGUGGAGGAGAUGGUAAAGAGCGAGACGAUAAGGUUGGUGGAUGAGCUUUUCCUGGAAUGCAAACCUCAGGGGAAAGCAAACAGUAGCAGGAGGGCUUACUGGGAAUGUUUGGCACUCUAUGGACAGCUUAGAGAUGAAGGUGUUGCGGUGCACCAGUGGUGGGGUUGAGAGGGACCAGAGAGAGAAAGAAUUGAAAGAUUUCGUAUCCAAAGGAAGCCAGGGAGUGACCUUUUUUUUUUUUGUUGGUAGCAAUUUUUUAUUUUUUUUAUUUUUAUUUUUUUGUUUUUGGGUUUUGUGUGAAUGCUGAUUAAGUAUGCCAGUUUGGGCGCUAGCUUUUGAUGUUUUAUUGUGGUAACGGGGAACAAGAAGAAGAAGAAGAAGAAGAAGAAGAAACUGUUUCAGAACAGUUACUAAACGAAAGGAUUUGGUUAAAAAAAUUGACAGUGAUGGUGAUAAUGAUAAUGAAAAUGAUCAUCAUCAUGAUCCGAUUCAUCAAAGGAUGAAUUGCAUCAUGAUACGAUUCAUCAAAGGAUGGAUUGAAGGAGAGGGUGUUCAUCAGCUUGUUACAGAGGAUAAUUGAUUGAUGGUUGCCAUAUAUAGUACUUUUGUUAUCCUUUCUUGCGAAAUUUGUAUAAUGCUGCAUAUACACGCAUGAAUCUGGGCUAAUUUAUCUAUUCAAA